AAACACUUUUUUAAUUACACACAAAAACUUUAAAAACAACUCACUCAAUUGGUGAUCUAAAUGAACGCUUGGAAAGAAGGAUGGUUUACUGAAGAAUCUAACGGCCUUUGGGAUGGCGAAUCUAAAAAUCUCAAAGUUAAACAAGUUUUAUAUCACAAAAAGUCAGAGUUCCAAGAUGUUUUAGUUUUUGAAUCUGAAAGUUAUGGAAACGUUCUUGCUCUUGAUGGAGCAAUUCAAGCUACAGAGAAAGAUGAAUGUGCCUAUCAAGAAAUGGCUUGCCACUUGCCACUUGUUACUGUUGGUCACGAACCAAAGCGUGUCUGUAUUAUCGGAGGUGGUGAUGGUGGUUGUGUUAGAGAAGUUCUCAAACAUUCAUCCAUUGAAGAAGUUGUCUUGUGUGAAAUUGAUAAGGAAGUUAUCGAAGCUGCCAAGAAAUUCCUUCCAACAAUGUCCUGUGGUUUAGAAGAUCCACGUGUUAAGGUUAUUAAUGCUGAUGGUGCUGCUUACUUGAAACAACACAAGAAUUACUUUGAUGUUAUCAUUAAUGACUGUUCUGAUCCUAUUGAGUGUGCUCAAGUACUCUUCAGUAAGGAUUUCUUCAUUACCUGUAGAGAAGCUCUUGUUCCUAAUGGAAUUUUCUCCCAACAAAGUGAAACUUUGUGGUUGCAUUUGGACUUUAUUUCAAAUCUCAAGAAGGAUUUGGAACAAGUUUUUGAUCAAGCAAAGUAUGCCUAUGUUUCCACUCCUACCUAUCCUGGUGGUUUGUUGGGAUUCUUGGUUUGUUCAACCAAUCCAGAUAUGGAUCCAAGUGUUCCUAGAAGAAUUGAAUCUUGGUACAACAAGUUGGAUGAAAAGACUAAGGACAGCUUGAAAUAUUACACUGACAAGUUGCACACAGCAAGCUUCCAUUUACCAGCAUUUGCUGCUAAGAAGUUGAACCAAUUUUAAUUCUACUUCUUAUUGCAUAAAUACAAUAUUAGCUUAGCUUAAUAAAAAUAUUUCAC